AUGGAGCACGUGGACAGGGUGGCGGUGAGCCGCUGCGUCCGCUCGCUCUACCUACGGCCACUCACGCUGCAGUACCGCCAGAAUGGUGUCCAGAAGUCCUGGGACUUCAUGAAGACUCAUGACAGUGUGACCAUUCUCAUGUUCAACUCUUCUCAGAAGAGCCUGGUGUUGGUGAAGCAGUUCCGGCCAGGUGAGGUGGAAUACCACUUCCCUGGGUCCCUAACAGCUGUGGAUGAAGACCAGCCCCAGAACUUACAGCAGGCACUGCCUGGCUUGGUGGGGGUUGUGUUUGAGUUUUGUGCCGGCAUCGUGGACCAACCUUGGCUCUCACUGAAGGAAGUAGCCUGCAAGGAGGCUUGGGAGGAGUGUGGCUACCACAUAGUCCCCAUGGUUUCCACAUACAUGUCUGUAGUGGGACUGACUGGCUCCAGGCAAACCAUGUUCUACACAGAGGUGACUGAUGUUCAGUGAGGCGGGCCAGGUGGAGGCCUGGCAGAGGAAGGCCAGCUUAUCGAGGUGGUGCACCUGCCCCUAGAUGAAGCCCAGGCUUUUACAGAGCCUCUCAUUUCCAAGAUUCUUGGCAUUAUCUUUGCUGUCUCUUGGUUCUUCAGCCAGGUGGCACCCAGCGUACAUCUACAGUGAGACCCAAGGGCCUAGAUAGACCCAUCCUGGCCAGAUGCCCUAUGGAUUUGAAGAUUCAAUAAAGCUUUUACAGCCUUA